UUAAGUUUCCCAUUCUGUUGGGAAAGUGAACCAUGUGAGAUACAAUUUUUUGAUCUCAGUUUCUGUUUCAAGUUGUAACAAAGUUGGUGAUAGCAUUGUUCGUUGUAAGACGUGAUACCCAACCACGUUCAUUAGCGGUCAGAAAGGUCGGCGCAGUGUAGUGAAUGAUGUCAUUGUUUAAUGCAAUCUCGAAGAAGGCAUGCGGGAGUCUGCUGAAGAGUAGACCCACUAGUUUUAGUAACCCUGUUCUGUUCUAUCAUCCAAAUGUUCUAGACCAUUAUGAGAAUCCAAGAAAUGUAGGUUCUCUUGAUAAAAAUGACAAACAUGUGGGUACAGGUCUAGUAGGAGCUCCAGCUUGUGGUGAUGUCAUGAAGCUUCAGAUCAGAGUAGAUGAAAAUGGGAAAAUAAUUGAUGCUAAAUUCAAGACUUUCGGUUGUGGGUCUGCAAUUGCAUCAAGUUCUCUAGCUACAGAAUGGGUAAAAGGAAAGAGUGUUGAGGAGGCAUCAAAGCUGAAGAACACAGACAUAGCAAAGGAACUGUGUCUGCCACCAGUGAAACUACACUGUUCAAUGCUCGCCGAGGAUGCCAUUAAAGCGGCACUGUCUGAUUAUAAGAUCAAACAAGAAUCAUUGGCUAAGGAACAAGACAGCAAAGAAUCUGGUUAAGACAUGCACACAUAAUUUUAUUUACAGUAAUGCAGUACCACUGCAAUAUUUCAUGGAAAUUACAGUUUCCUUAUACUGAGUCUUUAAAGUAUACUAUACUGUAAAUAAUAAUUUUACUUUAGGAUGCAUACAUAAAAUUUCAUGUACCUAUUAAUGUAUGUAUUAUUUAGAAAGUAAGGUAUUGUUUAUUUUAGUGUGGCCACUUUAAGAUUGCAAAACUGAUACAGAAGCAUAUAACAAAAAAUAAAGUAUUGAAAAAUUU